AUGGUCAAAUCUGGAUGUGGAUUCGAAACUAUCCUAUAUAAAAUCCCUUUCCUUCAAUCCAAAAAUAAUUUUCCCUAUUUUUUAUUUAAACUAUAUCCAACUAUUCCACCCUUUUUUUGUAUAAGCCUUUUAAUUUUAUAUGAGUUUACAUCCUUAUCUCUUUCGAGCCAUCAAGAAAAAAGGCUAUACAUUGCCCACUCCUAUCCAAAGAAAAGUCAUCCCAGUUGCUUUAUCUGGACAAGACAUGAUUGCUGUGGCUAGAACUGGAUCUGGCAAAACAGCAGCUUUUCUGAUCCCAAUGAUACAGAAACUUAAGGAGCAUUCCACUGUGGUCGGAGCUCGUGGGCUUGUGAUUUCUCCUACACGUGAAUUGGCGAUGCAGACAUUAAAAUUUGCGAUUGAAUUAUGCAAAUUUUCUUCAUUGAAGGUCUGUGUCCUUGUUGGUGGGGAAGGACUGAAAAAUGAAUUUUCAAAGCUUGCGGAAAAUCCUGAUAUAAUUAUUGCGACGCCUGGGAGACUUAUGCAUUUUAUAUUAUUCUGGCUUUCUUAAAAGGAUAGAUAUUUUACAGUCAAGAUUUUUAUUUUUUAAUAGAAAAAUGAUAAUAUUUUUUUUAAUAUAGGAAAAACCUUAUAAAUAAAGCAUAGAACUUAAUUAUUCAUUGGCAUCAGUUGAAAUGGUCGUAUUGGACGAAUCUGAUAGAUUAAUAGAGAUGGGCUUAAUGGAGCAGGUCCAAGAAAUCUUAUCUUCAACCACAAAUCCAAAUAAGCAGACUUUAUGUUUUUCAGCGACUCUUCCAGAGUUUUUAACACAAUUUGCAAAAACAGGGCUAAGCCACCCGACAUUGGUAAAGCUUGAUCAAGAAUACAAGCUGCCGACUGAGCUAAAACUUGAUUUUUUUGUCAUCAGAUCUGAGGAUAAAGAUUGUGCACUGAUGUAUAUAUUAAAACAUGUUGUGAAUUUAGAAAGCCCUGACGAGCUGACUAUGAUUUUUGUAUCCACAAGGCAUCAUGUAGAAUAUCUUGAAUUUCUUCUAAACAAAGGUAACAUAAAAUGCAUUGGACUGUAUGGUGCUUUAGAUCAAGAAGCCAGAAAUAACGCUUUAGAUAAAUUUAGAAGAAAACAUGUAAAGCUUAUGAUAACUACUGAUGUAUCUGCCAGAGGUCUUGAUAUUCCUUUACUCGACAAUGUAAUUCAUUAUGAUUUCCCAUCCACCCCAAAGCUAUUUAUCCACAGAUCAGGGAGAGCUGCAAGGGCUGGACGAGAUGGCCACUGCUACGCCCUUAUCACAAACCCAGAUAUUCCUUAUUAUAUUGAUACAAUAAUGCAUAUAGGAAACCCAGAAAUCAAAAACAUAGGGUAUUUCGGGGAAGCAGAAAUUACACAAGAACGAGAAGAUUUAAACCAGUUAUGUCUCUGCAUUGACCCAGACGAACUUAUGAGGAAAAAACUAUCAGUGAAAAACGCAACAAAGUUAUAUAAUAAAACAAAAGAAAGUGCAAGCCUUGAAUCUGCGAAAAGAGCUAGCUCCCCAUCAUUGAUCUAACGAGCCACAGUCCUUCGAUCAAGGAUGGGGGUUUAAGGAAAAAUUAAUAUAUAAAAAAUAAUAUAUAUUAUUUUCAUUUUUUGGUGUAUUUUUUAAAUAAGAGGAUUAAACUAUUAAAACGAAAAAUUGUGAAAAUUUAAAAUUUUAGUUGCCCCUUACCUCUAUAAAAUAUUUUAUUAAUUAUUUUUAAUUUAUAAUAAUUCUAGAUUUUUUAGAUUAUUAAGCUUUUGAGGCAAGGUUGAUGGCUAAAGCCCUUCAGAUAAUUAAUUCUGUGCAAAUUAUUAAGAAAACAUUUAAAUUUGCCAAUGCAAAACUAAUUUUCAUAAAUUAUAAUAAAAAUAUUAACUAAUCUUUUGUUAUAUGUUGCAGUAUAUGAAAAUCGUUCGAUCAAGGGGGGGUUUAAUUUUCCUAAUUUUUAGGAAUUUUUCAAUAGAAUCGUUCUAUCAAGAUAGAGAGUAAGGAAUUUCAAUAUGGGCUGCAUCCAAGAUUCGAAGUUAACAAAGAAACUGACGAUUUUACUAAAAAAUUAAAAGAAUUCAGGCCAGCUUUUAAUAUCAUUGAAUUAAAUACACAAAAUACACAAGGAGAAGAAGCUGCAAAUGGAGUUACCCGGAAAAUCCCUAGGGUGUUUUUUCCUGGUGCAUUUUUUUCCUCAAAAUGACGGUAACUUAAAAUUCUUGAUUUUUCUAGGAAAAAAACCUUAUGGUUUUUUGGAGGAAAAGCCCUUAAAAAUUUUCAUGAAAAAACCCUGCAAAUGCCAUUAGAGAAAAAAGAUUAUCACUGAUGAGAAAAAAAGAAAAUAAUGAAAAAAGUGCAGAAGUUGAACAAAUUGACGAAAGUGAAGAAAAAGAACUAGAAGUUAUGGUAAGAGAAGGAAUAAGCAAGCAUAUGCAGCUGCAGAAUAGUGAAGGAACCCAAAAAAAGAAACGAGGACAAAUGACUUCAUUUAAAGCUCAAGAUUUCGUCCAAUAUGAUGGUACACAUUUUUUCGAAAAAGGUCAAGAUUUUUCUCAGCUUUCUUUAGAAUUGCCUAUGGAUGAUGAAAAAGGACUUGCGAAAAAAGACAAAAAUAAAUGGGAUAACAAAAAGAAAAAAUACAUACAAGACCAGUCUUCACAUAAGAAAAAGUUUGAAAUAGAUGGGAAGUCCAGGAAACUCUACAAACAAUGGUCAAAUCAGACGAAAAAAAGAAUUCAAAAAAUCGGGGAAGCUGAAGAUCCAGAAAACAUUAAGAAAAUUAGAGGCGGGUAUAAGCCAAAAGCAGAUUUGAAAAGCAAGGAUCAGAUUGUCAAGGAAAGGAAAAAUAAGUUUAAGAAAUCUGGGAAAAUCAACCAUAAAAAAGUAAAAGAAGAAAAAGUGGGGAAAAGAAUGAAGCAUAGAAUGAGCGUGAAAAGCCAAAACACAAGGAGCAAGAUGAUAGUAAAGACUAACUCCCCCCCCCAUCCUUGAUCGAACGACUCGCCAUCGUUUGAUCAAGGAUGGGGGUUAAAAAAAAUUUUUUUGGGAAAAAAAAUUUAUAUAUAAAAUAAAAUAUAUAUAUAAAUUUUUUUUUAUUUACUUUUAAAUAAGAGGGUUAAGAGUAUUUAAUAAUUAUUUUUACACAGCAAAAAAUUGAAUUAAUUUCAUAAAAAUACCAAUUUUUUAUAUUUUGAUUUAUUAGUUACCCCUUUAAACUGUAUAAAUUUUUAAUUGUUACUUAUUAAAUUAAAAUUUGUUUUUUAAAAAUUUUAAAAAAAUCUCUAUUUUAUUAGAUUAUUGAGUUUUUAAGCCCAUGCUGAUGACUAAAUUUACUUUGAAUAGUUGAUUCCGAAGCUUUCUAUCGUCUCAAAGUUUCUGAAAACAACUUCAUUAGGUACAUCUUCCCAAGCUUUUGAUAACUAUUAUAUUUUAUUUAUAUAAAAAUUGUCAUGAUAUGAAAAUCGUUCGAUCAAGGAUUGGGGUUAAUUUCCCCAAUUUUUAGGAAUUUUUACAGUCAAUCGUUCGAUCAAGGAUGGGGGGGGAGUAAGAGGCGCUAA